GAAAAUUUUUACCUCUAAAGACAAUGUUAGGACCAAGAUAUGAUGAUCAAGUUGCUGAAGAAAAUCGUUUCCAUCCCAGUAUGCUGUCCAAUUAUUUAAAGAGUCUGAAGGUCAAAAUGGGUUUGUUGGUAGACUUGACAAACACCACUAGAUUCUAUGAUAGAAAUGAUAUAGAGAAAGAAGGGAUCAAAUACAUAAAACUUCAGUGUAAAGGGCAUGAAGAAUGCCCUACACCUGAGAACACAAAAACAUUUAUCCGUGUAUGUGAGCAUUUCAGUGAAAAGAACCCUUCAGAGCUUAUAGGUGUUCAUUGUACACAUGGUUUCAAUCGAACGGGUUUUCUUAUCUGUGCCUUUUUGGUUGAGAAGUUGGAUUGGAGUAUUGAAGCUGCAGUGGCUACUUUUGCACAAGCCAGACCACCAGGUAUCUAUAAAGGUGACUAUCUGAAAGAACUGUUCCGCCGUUAUGGAGAUGUAGAGGACGCACCACCACCACCUGAACGACCUGAAUGGUGCUUUGAAGAUGAGGAUGAGGAUGACGAAGAGGAUGAUGAUGGUAAAUCAGGCGGUCAGGAAUCAGAACCUGGAUCAUCAAGUUCUUUUAGCAAAAGGAGAAAAGAACGCCUAAAACUGGGUGCAGUUUUCUUGGAAGGCGUGACAGUUAAAUAUGUGACCCAAGUGACAACUCAACCAAAAUUGGGCGAGAUACAGCACAAAUGUCAGCAAUUCUGUGGAUGGGGAGGGUCUGGAUUCCCUGGAGCACAGCCCGUUUCCAUGGACAAGCAAAAUAUUAAAGCUUUAGAGCAGAAGCCAUACAAAGUAAGCUGGAAAGCAGAUGGUACUCGGUAUAUGAUGUUGAUUGAUGGCAAGAAUGAAGUUUAUAUGAUUGAUAGAGAUAACUCAGUGUUUCAUGUAUCAAACCUGGAGUUUCCAUUUCGUAAAGAUCUUCGUACACACUUAACAAAUACUCUUUUGGAUGGGGAAAUGAUCAUUGACAAAGUGAAUGGACAAGUCGUCCCUCGUUACCUGAUAUACGACAUUAUUAAAUUCAAUAGACAGCCAGUUGGAGAUUGUGAUUUUAAUGUUCGACUCGCGUGCAUAGAAAAAGAGAUUAUAUUUCCACGACACGAAAAGAUGAAGAAUGGUCUUAUUGACAAAGCACAGGAACCAUUCAGUGUUCGAAACAAGCCAUUUUUCGACAUACAUGCUGCAAGAAAGCUUCUUGAAGGAAGUUUUGCUAGGGAAGUCAGUCAUGAAGUGGAUGGACUAAUUUUUCAGCCUACAGGGAAAUACAAGCCUGGUCGAUGUGAUGAUAUUUUAAAAUGGAAGCCUCCCAGUCUGAAUUCUGUUGAUUUUCGCCUAAAGAUAACAAAAAUUGGUGGAGAAGGGCUCCUUACCCAGAAUGUUGGUCUUCUUUAUGUUGGAAGUUUUGACAGACCUUUUGCACAUAUUAAGGUGACAAAAGAAUUAAAACAGUAUGACAAUAAAAUUAUAGAGUGCAAGUUUGAGAACAACAGCUGGGUCUUCAUGAGGCAGAGGAUAGACAAAAGCUUUCCAAAUGCUUACACAACAGCUUUAGCCAUAUGCAACAGCAUCCAAAAUCCGGUCACAAAAGAAAUGUUGUUUGAGAUCACUGAAAGGUGUACAGCAACGUCACAAGGACAGACACGUAACCAUCAUCUGGAUCCUGACACUGAACUUAUGCCACCACCUCCUCCCAAAAAACCACGCACCAUAACCUAACACCACAGGCUCAGCAUAUGGCAUAUUUACAGUUCUGCAGAAGGUGAAAUGAAAGUGUGAGAAUUAAAAACACUUGCAAAAAAACGUAAUUUAAAGCAUCCUGUAAAUACUAAGAUGCAUCUUUUUCAAAUGCCACAUCAUGAACUUUCUUUUCUAACUGGUAAAUUCAACCUUACUUUGUGGGAUUUGAAGAUUGAAAUAUCCAAAGGUUUAGACAAGAACAGUACAGAAUCAAUGGAAAGCUGUCUUGUUUCUAUACGGAUAUAUUUCACCUUUAAUUUAUAAUGUCAGCAAUCUGGAACUGAGAACAUUGGAACACUGUAAGUUUUCGAAGCUGUAUUUCAAAGAUAGUGGUGUUUUUCUUUUUUAUUUAAUUGGUUAGGAUUUGUCAUCUUUAGUAUAAUUUAUCAUAGUUUUCCUACAUUUCUGAGACUCAUGUUUAAGAGCAAACAGCAAUGUUGUUUGUGCACUGUAUUGGUUUAUAAAAAACCUCAUUAGGGUUCACAGAUUUUAAAAUUAGUUUGGCUUUUUUGUUGUUGAAAUAUUAAAGUGAGUCUUUAUUGUUGUAAACAGCAUCCUUCUGAAAGAAAGUGCUGGGUGUCUUUUUUCCUGUUUGAACUAACACACCUCAUAUGGUGGGCUGAUUUUAGCUUUGCCUUUUGCCUUUUAAGUUUAUCUGUAGAUAAGGAACACUCACCAAAUCCUUAGUAUUAAAGUGUCUGUUGUGAGACAAUUUCUAGUUCAGGGCUUAGUUCUCCAUUGUAAAGAAUAUUAAAAAGUACACCUCACUGUGAUAUGCAAGAGUAAUAACCAGUACUAAUGAUGUUGUCUUAGAUCCAGCACAAAAUGGCAGAAGAAAUGCCAGACAACUCCUCUGACAGAGAGGUAAUGCCAGUAGAAUUGAGCCGUAUCACAGGGGUAAGGGUCUUUUGUUAGAAAAAUGCCAGGGCAAAGGCAAAGCAUUUAUUGGUGGAAAUGAACAUCCUGGAAUGAGGGCAUUUAUUUUCAAAGCUGGAGAAAGCUGUCCUGUGACAAUAUUUAAUCCACCAACGUUAUAUCUUAUACCACCAAAUGCUGAAGCAAAUAUCCUGAUGACUCUUAAAGUAUGUUGACAGUUGUUCAGACUUGUUAGUAUUGAAAAGCUGCAUUCUGUUUGAUUUAUGAAGUAAUUGUCCUGAAUUUAAACUAAUUAGAAACAACUUUAAUUAUAAAAAUGCAGUUUUAAGAAGUUUACUGUACCAUUUAUAAGCUGGUAUUUGGCUGUUUAUAUAUAGCUUACUUGAUAUGUAAGUAUGGGUCAUCCAUGCAUUCAGCAAUCUGAUUAGCUAACAUGAUUUCAUUUGGUAUAAUAUUAACCAAAAACAUGUUUAUAUUUAAAUGAGUUUUAACGUUUGUAAACAAAGUUAACUCCUGCAAUAUUUUUUUCUAUAUGGAAACUUUAGGGCUAUGCUUUGUGGAGGCUUCUCCAAUUGUUUCAACAUGUUGUAUACACUGUAUCAUUUUCAUGGUAAUCUUAGCAUCUCUUUCCUGGGAUAUUCCAUAUCUGUUGUAGGGAAUGAAAGGAGUUAAAUAAGUUACUUUUUUGCUACAUUAAAACUUGAGAGGAAAAAGUGUGUUCAUUAAUGCUCAUGUUUCAAUCAUACACACUUUCUGCUCAUUAUCUAUAUUAAAGAUACAGUAUUGCCUAUGCAAGGUUGCAAAAUUGUCUCCUAAAAUCAGCCUUAUUAAUUUGAUAUGAAAAUCUAUGCAACCUCUACAUUCUGCAUCGAAACACACAGGAAAUGAUUUUUUUCACAUAGUAUAUUUUUUCCAGACAACACUCUUUUCAGUGAGAUAAAUUAUAACAAACUUUUUGUCAACAAUCUUUUGUUUAAAGAUUGUUUAAACAGUGCUGUUUAAUGGUUGCGACCUUUUAAAUAUGUUAUAUUUAAAAAGAGCGUCUCAUUGUUUUAAAUACUUAUCCAGCUUAUGGGCUUUGUACUACUUACCACCACCACCCACUGCUGCUUGAAUUUCAACUGAACUUCAAUGUUUUUUUUUUUCCUUUGCCUAUAGCGCUGUGGCACUGUAGUCUAUCUUCUACAUGCAUUUCACCUACGUCAGUCUCACUUACGGCCCUUUGCUUGUUUUGAUAUUGUUCUUUUUCCCCACUCAAGCUUCAAAUGGAUUUAAUGAAGGAAUUGUAAAGACAGUGAAAGCUCAUUUGAUGAUUGGGAGCUUCAUGUUGUGAUUUGACUUUGGAACUCUUCCUGUACUGCUUGCCCAUUGCUGUUAUAAGAGGCUAUCUUGGCUUUUCUUCAGUUUUUUUCAGAAAAACUAUUUACCAAGAAGGGAAAUGGUAGAAAGAAGAGCCAGAGUUUUGGUUUUUUUUAAAAGAAACUCCAUUUAGACCCAGCUGGGUUUUAGGAUUGUAAAAUGUAUGAGACCCCUUUCUCUGCUAAUAAAUAUUCAGUAGUCUAAGAUCAAGGUCAAGGGGACAAGGAAGGCUGUCAUAAACUAAGAAAAAACAAACUGUCUACUCUGAAGCUAUAGAGUAUGAGUUCAUCCUCCCCCUCCAACUCCAGUUUUGUUAUUUGUUAAAUAAUGCCUAUAGAAGUUAUUGCAUUUUGCUUUCAGUGAAGUUAUCAAAAAUGUCAGUACAUUCCUCUGCAAACUAUGUAUUAAGUAUUUUAAUAAAGUCAGUGGUUUAAAAUACC